AUGGCUAGGGACCCCCCAGGUGACGAGCGGCCCCUCUUCAUCACCUUCAAACCCCUCACCGAGGACAAAGCCGGCACCAAGGUGGGACUCGGCACCACCCCGGGGCUGCCCCACGGUGGGGAGAUGCCCCUGGGCCACCACGAGGACACAGAUGGCACGGUGCCCCCAAGCUCCUGGUUGUCCCCACCAGGCUGGUCCCUGGGGGAGGGCGACCUGCGGCCGGAGUUGGUGGCCCUGCGCGCCCGCACCAGGCGGUGGUUCCAGCAGACACAAGCCAAGAGGCUGGUGGCCCAGGGCCAGCUCCCAGCCUGGUUCCACGGCUUCAUCAGCAGGAGGGAGACGGAGGAGCUGCUGCGGGAUCAGCCCCCCGGCUGCUUCCUGGUGCGGUUCAGCGAGACAGCCCCCGAGGGUCCCCACGCCGAGGGGGAGACGGACCCCGUGGCCCCCCCAGAGCCCCCUGACGCCAAGUACCAGCAGCUCCUGUGCUUCCACACCUACGCCGAGCCCCGCGAGGUCCGAGCCCCCAGUGCCCCCCCUUCCCGCCAACUGGGAGACCCCAUCCCCUUCUACGCCAUGGGCCGGGGCUCCACCUCCGGCCCCGAGGAGAACAUCUACUCCGAGGUGGCCUCGGCCGGGCAGGAUCUGCCCCUUUCCUUCCCCAGGGGGUCCCCGGGGGCCUUUUCCACGCUGCCCCCCAAAUCCCACCCCCACCGGCGGCUCUUCCGCAGCGUCUCCAGCCAGGCCUUCAAGGGGAGGCACCUCCCAGCAGCUCCCACCACCUUGGGGAAGGAGAGAGGAGCCUCCAGCGCGGCCGAGGAGGGUGGGGGGGUCAACCCCUCACGGGAGUUUGAUGACCCCGUUUAUGGCCGGAGGAUGAGCAACACAGGGAGGAACGGGAGAGGGAGAGGGCAGGAAGGUCCCGAAAACAUCUACGAGCAGCUUUUGGGAGACCAGCCCUGAGGUGGGAAGGUCUUGGCCAAGACCCAAGCUCCCAGGAGGAACCUCCAUCAUCACCCGGAGAGGUCCAAGGCCACUAUCAGCCCCCCUCUGCAAACCACCAGUGGUACCAGCUCCAUACUGGGAUAUACUGGGAUUCCCACGCCCGGCCAGAGUUAAGAGGGGAAAGGCAUUUUAAUUUCUCUCCCAACACAUUUGGAAGGAGAUUUCUAUUAAUAGAACCAGGGCGGAAAAAGGCCAUUAGAGUAAAACCAGCUGGUUUUUUGGGGCACGGCCAGUGCAUCCAGCCAUUAAAUAGCCACAAACUGGGGUGAGGCCGCAGCCACACUGAGGAUCACGAGCCCCAGGGCAACAUCUCCCAGCCCUACCCCUUUCCUCGGCCAAAAAACACGAGAUCGGCACCAAAAACAAGGAUAAAAUUCAACCAUUGGGUCGGUGACAGUGAUCUCAGUGACACCUCCAAGUCCUGUCUGUUUUCUCAGCCAAAAACCAGGGGAUCAGCACCAA